UGGUCGGAACGCAGAGGGGCGAUAUAAAAAGCGCGCGUCCCGAAUAGGCUUGCAUUUGGCAGUGGUGGAAUGGGGGUGGUUGAUUCUGUGCCGCGAUGUCGUUGUGAUAUGAGCUUAUUGAUUAUUUUUUCUUUUAAAGCAGCUCCUUUUUUUUAAGGGAAGGCUUCCUUCUCCUGUACGUUUAGGGCGGCUGUCCGCUGGCGGCGAUUCCCUGUAAGUUGCGUGCAUCGGCAGAAAGGCGGCAUGGAGUGCAAGCUGGAAGCUCACCGUAUCGUCAGCAUUUCGCUAGGCAAGAUGUACAGUGCGCGGGGUCAACGUGGCGGCGUGAAAUUACACAAAAAUCUUCUCGUGUCGCUUGUCCUGCGCAGCGCCCGGCAAGUCUACCUGAGUGAACUCGAUUGCUCAGCUUCGCCUCCUCUCGCUGCUGCUGCCUCGCCGCCGCCGGCCGCCGGGGCGAAUCCCCUCCGAGAAGCGGGGGAGGGAGGAGAAUCCCCGCCGCUGCCCUUUUUCUCUCAUCCUCGCGCCUUUCUGCCGCCAACGCGGGCGGCGUUGUUGUCCGAUCCCCGGGCUUCUCCGUUGUCCCGGAAGCUCCCGCCGCCGGACUGGGAAGUUCCGCGGUUGCCACGCUGCUGCUGCUGCGGCUGCUGCUCCUCUUUCGUGAGCGAAGCUGGCAAACGGCCGGCCGAGGCUCCUCCUGCGCUCUACUGCUCCAGAAAGCGGAACGCUGCUGUGCAGCCCGACAGCGGGACCGAGGAAACGUCUCCGGGGAGCUCCCCGCUGAAAAAGGUCCGCAGGGAGGAAGAGGAGGACAUGGAGACGGGCAAUGUGGCCAGUCUCAUCAGCAUCUUCGGCUCCAGUUUCUCGGGACUGCUCAGCAAAAAGUCCUGCGGGGGCGAGAGGGAGGGCAGCAACCAGCGGGGAAGGCGGCAAGAGGAGGAGGAGGAGGCGGCGGCAGGAGCGGCUGAGGCAGAGUCCGGGCAAAUCUGUUGCGACGAGUCGGUGCUGCGGAACCUCAACCCCUGGAGCACGGCUAUCGUGGCCUUCUGAACUUCUCCAUCCUCCCCAGCUGACCCUGGUGGCAGAAUAUGGGACCGCGCUGAUUCAGAAGCUGGAGGGAAUUGGUUUGCCGUUGAAUAGGAACGGGGACUCGUCGCUCCAGGCGCUGCUCCUCCUCAAGAAGAGGCGAGGGCUGUGGUGAUGGGACUCAGUCAGAGCAGCCCCCAGAAGCCUUCUCUCCUGAGUGCCCUUGGUGGCUGCGUCUCAUUCUGCAUGAAAGCAUUUCAGCUUGUUUCCACCUGCUUGGAAUCUCCCUUUCCCCUUUUCUCUCCCCACCUCCAGGCUUUAGGGAAGGAUAGAGCAGACCCCUUGUUAUCCUACCAUGCAGAGCAUGUUCCCUAAGCAACCACUGCAGAGUUUGCUAUAAGUCUCAGAUGACAUUUGGGACCAAAGGAAGGGGGGCUUGCUUAGCCUGCUAGGCUGCGUUGAUGAUGGUGCUGCUGAGGUGUGUUAACAGAUCUAUGGUUUGGAGUUCCCUGGGGCUUUUAUUGCUCCUGGUCUUUGUUAUAUAAAGGCCCUUGAAGGAAGGUGGGUCUUAAUGGAUGUUUUGUACAGUAUGCUCUUUCUCUGGUUGUGUUUCGUAUGAAAAUGUAACUGCGUGCGUAACAGGUAUUAAAUAUUUUGACGUUGUUACAUUA